AUGGCACCUUCAAUGCUCCCAUACAACCUAGUCAGCGUCUUGCAACUGUAUAAGAAGGACACAGACUCCGUCGCCGGUUGGCUUGCGUCAAAGGCAAAUCACUAUGGCUACAAAUCACAGACAGCCGAGCCGAACGAUAAGGAGGCUCAGAACAAACCUUCCGGCCGCCUCAAAGGAAAGGCUGGUAAGGAAGCAAAGAGCCAGGCUACUGAACCCAAGGAUAAGACCGAUCAAAAGUAUAUUGUCGCCUUGAAGGACUAUGUCCCUAUGGCCAAAUUCAUCGCCGCGCAUCGGAAGCCGACUAUCCCGGUGCCAGUGACGGUCUUUAAUACAAUUGGCCGAGUCAUCGACCGGAGAUCUUCGUUUAGAGCUCAAAUGGUAAAGCACGGAAUUGAGGUCGAUGAAAAUGCCAACCAAAACCAUCUUCACUUCAUCCGUGUCAUGGAAACAGUCCGAGAAACCUUGCGGCCCAACAUGAAAGAAGUCGGCAAGCAAAAGUCAGCCGAAUCAGCUGAGUGCUGGAGUGGCAAGCAUAUCGAUUUUCAGCUGUCUGAACUCUUCAACUCCACCACCUUUGACACUUAUGAGAUGAUGAGCAUUCUCAAGACUCGCUGCGGAGUGCCAGGGAGCGACGCUGCUACCCUGAACCUCUCAGUCGAUCAGUUGAUGGCAGCGCGAUUCUGGAACGAGGCCCUGGUAUUUACCACGCAUCGCACAGAGUGUAGUGUCAUGGACAAAUUCUCAUCUUAUGUAUUUGAAUCAAGCGAGGAUCAUGUGAUGUCGUUCGAACUGGCAUUCGCACUUCAAGUUCAUCUUGACGUGUUCCAUAUCAUGCGGGACGACCUAGCACGAGGCUCAUCGGAGUUCUACAAGCAUGCGAAGGACUUGAGAGACCAACUGCAGGCUUUUGUUACCAGUCUCUCCCGUCCAGGCUCGCCCCUCGGCCCUCCAAAUGUUGAUGAGAGUGUUUGUCGACUGAUCCAGCAUUUGGACAAGAUCUUGGUAUACUGUGACCCCCAAGGGGAACGUACGAAGCCAGAAAAAGGAACCAGAAGCCAAGGCAAAGGUACAUUCGAGAUCUUCGAGAUCUUGCCAGCGUUUUCUGGUCUCUAUUUAUUUCAUGCCAGAGUUGAUGUGGCUGAUAUGGCACUGAGGCUUGUCAAAGAUGCUGGCGUAAUGACAGUUAUGGUUCAUUUGCACAACGCCAUGGAACAACUUCAGAUGCUCAAGGCACCGUGGGUGGACACGGGAUCGUUUCAGAACUGCUUCGAGGAGCACGAUCUGUUUUUCAUGGCCAAGCCUAAGAAACGCAGUGACUUCCUCAAACACGUCCUAAUCCAGCUUGGUUGUCCACCAUCUAUUGCGACCGCCGAUAAUGGUGCAGAUGCCCUCCUCCCCCUCGACUCGGAAGAGAGAAAGAAAGCCAAGAUUCGCUUCACAAAGCCCAAGUCUAAAGACCGGCAGCAAACCACACAGCUUUCUCCUGAUCAACAGCUGAGGCAAUUUGCGCUAGCUCUGGCCGGAGAGUCGAGGGAGCUCGCAUUUCCCUACAUAGGAAUGCACAAUCUUUGCGUUUCGCUGUUCCACAACAUCAGCGAUCGAUGCGCAUCAACACUAGAUGACCUAGAUUUGAGAAUUGAUCCCCUUAAACCGAUGCUCGAUGUCAUGCUAAAGAUUAUUUCGCUAGCCACCGCGCAUGAGGUUGUGCCUCUUCGUGAGGCAGCCGAAGUCAUUCAGGAACAUAUCAACAACAAGACAGCGAUUAUGACUGAGAAGAUCGCAAAUGUUGGCGCUUUUGAUUUGAUACCCAUACCAAACUUCGAGCUGUACAAGAUCCCUCGGCCAAUGUUUAUCGAGGUCAUUGCGGAACCUGAAGAAGAUGAGGAAAUCACCAUUCCUUUCGAGGAUAGCGACUCGUCAUCCGGAGAAAUUGAGGAAAUAGAUGAGGUCCCUCACGAAAAGGUUGGUGAGGGCAGUCAGAGCUCUGUGAUUCAGUAA